AUGUUUCUCCGCCGGUCACUACUUGCUAUCCUCUUAGUCACAGUAGCGGCCUUCUUCUGUGCCCAAUCUGUUGAUGCUGCUGGGAACGGGCCGAAGAUCACGAACAAGGUCUACUUCGACAUCAAGCAUGGUGACAAGGACUUGGGCAGAAUUGUCAUCGGUCUCUAUGGUGGUACCGUCCCUAAGACAGUCGAGAACUUCCGCGCGCUCGCGACUGGCGUGAAGAAGGAUGGCACAGUGCUCCCGGAGGGCUUUGGCUACAAGGCGUCCAAGUUCCACCGCGUCAUCAAGAACUUCAUGAUUCAGGGUGGUGACUUCACCAAGGGCGACGGCACCGGCGGCAAGUCUAUCUACGGUGACAGAUUCCCCGACGAGAACUUCAAGUUGCGCCACAGCCGUCCCGGUCUUCUGUCCAUGGCUAAUGCGGGCAGGGACACUAAUGGCUCUCAAUUUUUCAUUACGACUGCUGUGACCAGCUGGUUGAACGGCAAGCAUGUCGUCUUUGGCGAAAUCGUGGAAGGCAUGGACAUCGUGACUAUCAUUGAGGACGUUGCAAAAGGCAGAAACGACCGUCCCGUGGAGGACGUUGUGAUCGCUGACUGUGGAGAGCUGCCGAUCGAACUGCCGGUAGAUGAGAACGGCAACCAGGUGCCUCUUCGCGGCGAGCUUUAA